AUGACCAACUUCAGUUUCUCCAGCUCCUCCAACCACAGCUCGGCCUAUGGGAGCCCCCGCAGGCCAGUCACAGUCUUUAGCGUGCUCACCUUCACCCUGCUGGCCAUGCUGGUGGUGGCCACGUUCGUGUGGAACAUGCUGGUUCUGGUCACCAUCCUUCGGGUCCGCACUUUCCACCGCGUCCCACACAACCUGGUGGCCUCAAUGGCCAUUUCGGACGUGAUGGUGGCCGCUCUGGUCAUGCCGCUAAGCCUUGUCCAUGAACUGAACGGCCGACGAUGGAAGCUGGGCAGGGUCCUGUGCCACGUUUGGAUCUCCUUCGACGUUCUAUGCUGCACGGCCAGCAUCUGGAACGUGACAGCCAUCGCGCUGGACCGCUAUUGGUCCAUCACCCGGCACCUGGAGUAUACACUGAAGGCCCGGAAAAAGAUCUCCAACGUAAUGAUCGGAUUAACAUGGCUGCUCUCUUCGGUCAUCUCCUUGUCUCCUCUGUUUGGCUGGGGUGAGACGUACUCGGAGGAGGGCAUGGAGUGCCAGGUGAGCCAGGAGCCGUCCUACACCAUCUUCUCCACCUUCGGGGCCUUCUACCUGCCACUCUGCGUGGUGCUCUUCGUCUACUGGAAGAUUUAUAAAGCAGCCAAGUUUCGGAUCGGGUCCAAGAAGACCAACACCAUCACACCAGUGGCUGAAGCUGUCGAGGUGAAGGAGGCGUCCCGGCAGCAGCCUCAGAUGGCGUUUACGGUGCGGCACGCCACAGUGACGUUCCAGACGGACGGAGAGACGUGGCGGGAGCAAAAGGAGCGGCGGGCAGCGCUGAUGGUGGGAAUCCUCAUCGGAGUCUUCGUCCUCUGCUGGAUCCCUUUCUUCCUGACCGAGCUGGUCACCCCGCUCUUCUCCUGCCACGUCCCACCCGUGUGGAAGAGCGUUUUCCUCUGGCUCGGCUACUCCAACUCCUUCUUCAACCCGCUCAUCUACACGGCCUUCAACAAAAACUACAACAACGCCUUCAAAAACCUCUUCUCCAGACAGCGCUGA